CCAAAAAGCCAAAAGGAGCAGUUUCAAAAUGGCAUCACAAUUGUGUGCAUCGUCUAUCCAUCAAAUAUAUACAAACAAAAAUUAAAAAUGUUUAUAAUAUCAAAGUGUCUUAUUAAGUCUAAAAUUAAAUAGUUAAAUAAAUUACAAGCCAAAUGAAUAUUCAAGUUUCAACUUGCCAAUAAUAUUUCGAUCGAAACGAAAAAUAUAAUUUUCAUUAUUUAUAUAUAUUUAAAAAAAAAAAAACCAUACAUAAACUAAGGGAUAAAAACGUCACUCUACAACCCCCCUCAUUUGUUGUGCAUAAAUAUCUUACGUAAUAUUUAAAUUUAUUUUAGUUUUUAUAGUUUAGAAAAAAAAUAUUAAACAAGUAGUGUCAAGAGUUUAAAUUGUUAACACAAACAUGAAAUUUAUUUUCAUGAAAAUUAUACAUACAUAUUAUUAAAUUUGACCUGGUAAAAAGCCAAAGACUUUGGGAUUAAAUUUAAAUUAAAUAAUAUCAAGCUAAAUAAAAAAUAAAUAUAACAAAAAAAAAAUAGGAAAAUUAUUAUUACAAUUUUAUUGUAAUUGAAAUUUUUGUUGAAAUAUUUUUUUUUAUUUUGGAGCUGCUGAUUUAAAUCAAAGGAUUCUAGGUAACGAGCUUGACCACGAACUUGAAAUCAAUAAUUUAGUCUACAAGCAAUGACAGCAGUGGUCAUGGAAAACAUCAGUUACGAUCCUGCAUUAACAAAACUUUUAAAUUCAUUGGAAGAACAUAAAUCUGAUAUUCCAAGUUGUACUGAUGAAGAAUUUGGAUUUUUAAGUGAAUUACUUAAAUCAAAGGAGCUCAAUGCAUUGGUUAAUGUUCACAAUAAAAUAUUAGCAAAUAUUAAAGAUGAUAAAUUCUUUCCUGUAUUGUCAAAUUCAAUGGAGAUCGAUGUUGAUGUUUUGGAUAUGCUUGCAAGUAAAACACAUAAAUCAGAAGAGUGUAAAGAAUUAUUUUAUCUACUUCAAAAACCACAUAUACAGGGAUUAUUGUGCACUCAUGAUUCAGUUGCACAAAAAGAUUAUUAUCCAAGAUUAUCAGAAAUACCUCUGGAAGUUGAUGAAGAUGAAGAAACAGUUAAAAUUGUACAACUUGUUAAAUCAGAUGAACCAUUGGCCGGUGAUGGAGCUGAACCAAUUGUGGGAGCAACAAUAAAAACAUGUGAGAUAACUGGAAAAAUAAUAAUUGCUCGAAUAAUGCAUGGUGGUGCUGCUGAUAGAUCUGGUUUAAUUCACGUUGGUGAUGAAGUUGUUGAAGUCAAUGGAAUUUCUGUUGAAGGAAAAACUCCAAAUGAUGUUUUAAAAAUAUUGCAAAAUUCAGAAGGUACUAUUACCUUUAAAAUAAUACCAGCAGAUAGUAAAAGUGGAAUACGAGAAAGCAAGGUUCGUGUGAGAGCACAUUUUUCUUACAAAGCAGCUGAAGAUCCAUACAUACCAUGUAAAGAAGCUGGUCUUGAUUUCAAUAAUGGUGAUGUAUUACAUAUUGUAAGUCAAGAUGAUGCAUACUGGUGGCAAGCACGUCGUGAAGGUGACAGAAAUAUGAGAGCAGGUUUAAUUCCAAGUAGAGCACUUCAAGAACGUAGAAUUAUUCUUGAACGUCAGCAAAAUGAUAAAACUGAUGACAAUGCAGAUAGUAUGAGCUUGUGUUCUGUUCCAGUGCCCUUGCCUUCAUUAUGUCCCCGUCCUAGUACCUCAUCAUCACAUGGUUCACCAACAAAAUGUAAUUUAAAUAGUAUUAAAACUAAAAAAAUUAUGUAUGAUGCAACAGAAAAUGAUGAUUUUGAUCGUGAAGAAAUACCAACAUAUGAAGAAGUUGCAAAAUUAUAUCCAAGACCUGGUUUAUACAGGCCAAUUGUACUUAUUGGUCCACCAGGUGUUGGUAGAAAUGAACUUAAACGACGAUUAAUGGCAACUGAUCCAAAUAAAUUCAAGACACCUGUACCAUAUACAUCAAGACCUCCAAGACCUGGUGAGAUUGAUGGUAAAGAAUAUCACUUUGUAACACGUGAAAAAAUUGAUGAAGAUAUUGAAGCUGGUAAAUUUAUUGAGUAUGGUGAAUACAAGGGUAAUUUAUAUGGUACAAGUGGUGAAAGUGUUAAUUCGUUAAUUGAUUCUGGAUUUGUUUGUAUAUUAAAUCCUCAUUAUCAAGCAUUAAAAAUGUUAAGAACACCACAAUCAAAACCCUAUGUUAUUUAUAUUAAACCACCGAGAUUUGAAAUUCUCAAAGAAACAAGAAAUGAAUAUCGUGCUAGAUCAACAUUUGAUGAAUCAAACUCCAGAGGUUUUACGGAUGAUGAAUUUAAUGAAAUUUUACACAGUGCAGCUCGAAUUGAAUUUUUAUAUUCUCAUUUGUUUGAUCAAGUGAUAAUAAAUGCUGAUUUGUCAAUGGCAUUUGAACAAUUGGUCAGUGAAAUAUUGAGAAUUGAAUCAGAACCACUUUGGGUACCAGCAUCGUGGGUACAAUAAAUAAUAUUCAAAUAAAUUUAACACAAAUUUAAAUUAAUAAACAAACGACUAGACAAUUUUUUUUAAAUACAUGAUGUCGAGAAAAAUUUCAAUCAACUUAAAAUAUAAAAGAAUGUUACCUAAUAAUUUAACUUCGUAUAAAUGUUUUUUUUUUUUUUUUUUAUUAUUUAUAUUAAAAAUUCAGGCAAUGCCAUUAUCAAUUUUUCCUCACUGCCAAUAUUUUAAAUAUCAAGUAAAGUAUUAUUUUAUUAUCAAAAAAAAAAUAACUAAUCAGUAUAUAACUUAUGUUUUUUAGAAUUCAUUUCUCCAAUAUUAAUUUAAGUUCAUUGCAUUUUAGUAUGAAUUAAAAAAAAAAAAAGUUAAACAAUUUUAAUGUCGAAUUUAAUGUGAAAAAAAAAACGAAAGUCCCAAUUGUUGUUGAUUGUUGCCAAAUGAUAAAAUGAAAAUUUAAAAAAAAAUUUAAUGUCACAGUUGUAUUUUCCAAUCGACUAUUUUAAAAUGUUAAAAAAUCAUUAAAUUUGAAUGAAUUAUUAAUAGAAUUUAAAUAAAGUAUAUAGUAUAAUUGAUUAAAAUAAAAUAAUAAAAAAAAUUUAAAUACAUUAAUAAUAAUUGCAUUAUUAAAUCAGGGAUAAAUGGAAUUUAUUGUUUGUCAUUGACAGAUCAUCCCUUGAUGUCAAACUAUCUGUACGUUAAUUGAAAAAAAAAGAAAAAAAAAUACGCCAAAAGAAAUAAAACUUUGAAAGAUCAA